AUGAGUAAGAGUUUUGGAUCUCUUGUCGUUGGCGUGGGAGAUUUCAAAAACCUACCGUUUUUGGAAAAUGAUUGUCGGAAUUACAUCGAUAAGGCAAGAAAUUUACGACUUGGCGUUGGUGGUGCUGGUGCGCUUCGGGAAUAUUUUUUACGGAUGCAAUACAAGAAUCCUGGGUUCUUUGCGUCGAUGGAUUUAGAUGACGAUGGAAGGUUAAAGAAUGUCUUCUGGAUAUGGGAUGCCAUUCGCACCAUUAACCACCACAGCCAGUCAAUUCUUCUGGGAGCAGGAUUGAUAUCCUGUGAGGAUACGGCAACAUUUGUGUGGUUAUUCAAGACCUGGUUACAGUGUAUGGAUGGUAUAGCUCCUAGAGCUAUUAUCACAGAUCAGGACAGAGUAAUGAAAAAUGCUAUUGCUAUUGUCUUUCCACAGAGUCGACAUCGAUUUUCUUUGUGGCAUAUACUGAAAAAAGUCUCUGAAAAGCUUUCCUCCUAUUCUGCCUACAAAAGUGAGAUGAAAAAUGCUUUGAUGAAAUGCGUGUAUGACACCCAAAAUGUUGCAGAGUUUGAAAGCUAUUGGGAGCAACUAAUCAGCACUUACAAGUUGAAGGAGAAUGCUUGGCUGAAAAGUUUAUACACUGAGCAUGAGCAUUGGGUACCGGCAUUCUUGAAAGAUACUUUUUGGGUGGGGAUGAGUACAACGCAGCGGAGCGAGAGCAUGAAUGCUUUUUUUUAUGGUUAUGUUCACGCGAAGAAAAACUUGAAAGAGUUUGCCGACCAGUUUGACAACGCAUUGAAGAAGAAAAUUGAGAAUGAAAAUAACGCUGACUUUCACUCAUUUAGCGUGACCAUUCCCUGCAUAUCUAGAUCUCCGAUCGAAAAGAAGUUUCAAGAAUUAUACACGAAUGCAAAAUUCAAGAAAGUCCAACGAGAAUUGCAAUGUUUAAUAGAUUUGGCUCCAGAAUUACUUAAGAGAGAUGGUGGUGUCAAGACGUAUCUUGUUGAGGAUGAAGUUCAUGUGGAAGACUUCACUAAGCUAGUUACAUAUUCAGUGGACUUUAGUGAUGUGGAUACAGCUGCAAACUGUUCGUGUGGGUUAUUUCAGAUGAGGGGUAUACUGUGCAGGCAUAUUUUGAUGAUUACUCACGCUGCGGGUUCAAAAAAACAUACUGAGGAUGCAACACAGAAGUUGUAUUCAAUGAUUGAGUUAUAUAGUGACAACCAAGAACCUCCAUCAAGAACAUGCACGGGUUCCAAUCUUGUUCCUUCGAUACCGGAUGUUUCUACAUGUGCGGGUUCAGAUAAAGUACUCAGUCCGCUAGUAGUAAGAGGGAAAGGUAGACCACCAUCUCUGAGGAGAGCAUCGACCAUGGAAAAAGAGAUAAGGAAAAUUAAGGCGAAGGCCAAGAAUGCAACAGUCAAGGGAAAACGUAAACAGAGAGAUGGAGGAGAUACACCAUUGCCGGACACUUGCAGCAAUUUAUUUGGCCCGUCAGAUAAAGAUAUUUGUGAUCUUGUUGAAGACAGCUCAAUUCUUGAAAAAUGUCGAACUCAGCGCCAAGAAUCAAUGAUCGGGAGUCAAGAAAUGAUGUUCUUUGGGUUGGAUGGAUCACAACCGGUGGAUGGUGGGUGA